AUGUUGGAUGACGAAGCAGCGUUGCUAGCGGCAUCCAAGGCUGCCUAUCAGUCCCACUCCUCUUCUACGAAGACGGAAAACCGUGGUCAUACCUCUUUUACAGAUGACAAUGAUAUGAUUACUUUCGAAGCGGAAGACGCCCAGCUCCAGGAUGAUACCCCCACCUCCGCCAAACCAUCCAAGCAGAAGUUGAAUGCCAAGCAGCUAAGGAAAAAGCGAGCGGUACAAUCUGUUGAUGCAGAUGCCUCUCUUAAAGCAUUGGAGGUGAAGUCUGCCCCAGUUCGCCGUUCAUAUUCGAAAAAGGAAAUCCAAGAGCAUCGCGCCAAAUCUGCUGGGCCCGGCUGGUUCGAUAUGCCUGCCUUCCCAGGUGCCAAAUUUAGUGGUACUGGCAAAGAUACUCGUACAGAAACUGGUAAAGCAAGUUUUACUGGCGGAGAUGCUCGGGCGGCUACGGAGAAAGAAAUGCGUCGCCAGGUGACAGCUAUUCGACUGCGAAAUGCAUUGGAUCCGAAAAGAUUCUAUCGUGGUAGUGGUGGCACAGGUGCGGAAAAAGGCAUGCCUGCAUUCGCUCAACUCGGCAAAAUCGUCGGUGGUGGCUUAGAGCCAUCCAGUGUGCUCACCAGGAAACAGCGUGCUGACACUGUUGUCGGUGAACUUGUUCGUGAUGCGGAAUCAGUUUCAUACUCUAAACGCAAGUUUGGCGAACUCCAGCAAAAACGCAUGGCGCCGAACCAGAAGCGAUCCAAAACGCAGGGCAAACAGCGGCGGCGUCCAUAG